GCUGAAAUUGCAAAGGAAGAAAUAUCUGCUUACAGCAAAAAACUCGGGAUUAUUGGAAACCAAACUGACGGUUCACAAUUGAGGAAGAAUUCCCUUGUAUUACCGGUAGCUGGCGAAACCUUAUCGGAGACAGUAAAAGGAUGGCAACAAGAACUUCUCGCUCACCUCAAACCUGUGUCACCCGCGCCAAAAGUGAGCAAAUCCAGCCUUCUUGAUGCUAAAAGGCUUUUUGGGGACAACUUCAAAACAAAAGUGACGCUGCGGAAGUCUGGCCACCUUGGGGCUCACGAAGAAAUAUCUCUCCUUCAGUUCGAUCCGAACUUUACUUCUUCUGAGGUUACCUGCCGUCAUCCGUCCUGCUCAACUAAGAAUUCAAAAGCAGCAAAAAUUGGCAACAAAAGGGAUCUUUUCCUCUGUCCAACUCAUCAGCAAGUGUUGAAGAAAAGCAUUUCUGACCUCUUUGAAGAAAAGAAAAUUGUACUCUCCACCAGUACCGAAAAGCUCAAACACGGUCACUUUGCCGGAUACACGUCACUUAUCAGUCUGCUGGAGGGUGCCUAUCAUGAUGCCAAGAAAUUUCAGACGCAUAAGGUAAUAUCUCCGCUGAUCCAAGAAGCAAUUCUUAAUGUUAGAAACUUCUUGAUCAUAACCAACUGCUUGUUAAACCCUGAUGAUGACAACGUGGGAAUUGCUGUGCCACCUGUUGUCCAAAUCUUGCUCCUCAUCUUCCAGAAUCUUAGUGCAACCAAUAAGUUGGGAGUUAACCUCAUCCACAUGCUCCGCGAGGUCAUUGAGAUGGUUCUUUUCGCUUUUGGUGUGAUCUAUUGUUGGGUGGCCCUUGCCCUUAGCAAUCCUGCUACUCAGAUUGGGUCUGGAGUGGGUAUGAUUUUGGGGGCAAGUGCUUUCAUCCUGGGGCCUUGGAGUGGAGCCGCUGGUGUGGCCAUAGGAGGGGCUGCUGGGGGUCUCAUUGGCAAUGGUAUUCACAGCUUGAUUACUGGUGGACAACGACACCAAGAGCUACAGCGAUUCAGAGAGAUAUGGAGGGAAGCUAGAGGUAACAUACAACGGAAUGAUCAGCCAAACAACCAGUAUGUAGGAUACCAUAUUGAAGGAAAUGUAACAGGUGGACUAGAUCUGUUGCCAGAAGCGCUUUGA